CGCGUCUUUCCAAAAAGCACUUGAGGCCCAAAAAAAAAAGAGAGAAAUGUUGAGCCGGCUACGCUGCUCAACCUCACGUCUUCUCUUCCGUGGGUGUCAUAUACACGGACGUCUCAGCUAUGUUCGUGCACUACACACUCCCGUUCAACUAAAAUACCGACUAGAAGAAGGUUUGGGAGAGUUCCUCCCACCUCCAGCAUUACACACUGUCGCUGUUGAGUACCAACAAGGGUUACUAGAUAGACUAAACGAAGAAGUCCGAGGCACGGAACUGGAAGGAAUGUCCGUCGUAGACACCAUCAUAAAAACCUCUACGGAACGACACCACGUCCUAGCCUUCAACUACGCCAGUCUAGCCCUCAACAACCAUUUCUUCCUCGAACACCUCAAACCCAUCCCCUCCGACAGUUCCGACCACCAACACACCAUCUCCCUCCACCUCCAAACCCAAAUCCGCUCCCAACACGGUUCUUUAGCUCAACUCAAAUCCACAUUCUCAUCCGCUGCGUUGGGGAUGUUCACAAGUGGACAUGUAUGGCUCGUUACAGACGCAGGAGGGAAUAUAGCCGUCCUCCCCACGUUUGGACCUGGAACGAUGUUGGUGAGGAGUAGGACGUAUAUGGCUCCUACUUUUGAUUCCGAAUUGGGGUUGGACAUGCUUCAGAGCUUGAGGGGACAGAAUAUCCGGCCUGGGGAUCCGUAUGCGAAGGAGUUUGUGGAUGAGAUGAAGCACUUUGAGGGUGCAAGUGCGGAGGAGAGUUCUUCGACUUCACCCACGCCGACGCCGACGCAAAAACAACCACUUCCAGGAGUUACACCCUCGUCUCCUGCAUCCGGAGUAUCUCCUACCUCCUCCGGACCUGGAUCCCAACCUCCCCACACACGUAGCUUCCAUAGCACUCUUUCUGCCCACCUCCCACCACCACCACCCAGCGGUGGCGAAUACGAACAAGCAGGACUCUACGGCGGAGAUCCUACCACACCCACACGAGGUUUCAAAAGAACAGAGUUAUACCUCAUGGGUGAAAAACUCUACCCGCUUCUCUGUCUUUCCGUACAUGAACAUGCAUGGAUGAGUGCUGGGUAUGGUGUUUGGGGGAAGGAAGAGUGGGUUAAGAGGUUUUGGGCUGUGGUGGAUUGGGAGAAGGUUAGUAGGAAUUACGAGUUUUAUGUUUCUACUGAGGGGAAGGCUAGGGAUUGAGGGGGAAAGUAUAUAUCUUACUAGAUAGAGUACGCG